GCAGACAAGCAACACUACUCCGGCCAGCCGUCCACAACAAAGUAUAGAGGUUCGUCGGAGUGUGUCGCUCCGCUCUUUUCGCGCUUUGUGCCGGUGCCGUGCGAGCGAGCGCGUGAGCCCUACAAGCUGAUCGCGGACGCGCGGUUUCCUGGGUGACAGGCCGCUACCGCCUUCGAGACCGAGGGAGCGACGAACACGAGCGAAAGAAAAGGAGUGCGCGUGGAAGAGAGAGGGAGAGAGAUAGAGCGCGCCCGCUCGACGACGACGACGACGGGGGGACACGUCGUUCGGCCGCGCAAGUGCGCCCGGGCGCCGUUGCGUUCGUGCACACGCCAUUCAUGAAGACAGACUCGUCUCUCCAGCAGCGGGGAGGUAGUAGCAGUGGUGGUGACGCAGUGGGUGUAGAGAGAGGUGAAGGAGUGAUUGCCAUGACUACGACAGGAGCCCAGUAUGCCCUCGCAGCAGCAUCCACCGGGGCUAAUAACAGUGGGGGUAGCUCCGCAGCGGUAGGGGUAGAAUCUAAGCCAAGUGUGGUUGUCGUGACUACUACUUCCAGUUCCAGUGGCAAUGGUAACGGAGCACAGAGUCAGUCAGCCAGAGGCCAGCAGCUUAUCACUGUUGUAACAAGCCCUGAUCCUUCCAGUCCAAAUAAUCUGCAACCUAUCCAGUUAUUGGUUCAGGAUUCGCUUGAAACGGCUGCAGAUUCUUCCAACGGUUCGACAGGUACAUCGGCACAUGUUACAGCACAAGUAGUAGUUAAUACUACUCACUCAGGCCAGCAUACUCUAGUGGACUCUGACGCUGCUUCGACGUCAGCUGGCACUAUCGUCAGUGAUUCCCCGCACUACAUUACAGUCACAGGCACCAGUGAUUCGCCAUCCUACGCGUCCCUCACAACGGCUGUAGUGUCCGGUGACGGAGAGGCGGUGGGGUCCGAAUCGGUUUCUCAUCCAACCUAUGUUCAAUAUGUUGAGGGGGAUGGUUCCACGUAUAUACCAGCGAAUGGCCAGAUGACAUAUCCUGUUUAUGCCGUCGGCGAGGCGGGAACGAUGUACACUCCAGGCUCAAGUCAAUACUACACUUCAGGAACAACACCAGUAACAUAUGCACAGGUCACGGGACAAGGCUCGAAUACAACCACUGGACAACUAUUAUCACAGGGCAAUGGCACGUACUUGAUCCAGCAGGGUGUAGUAGAGAGCGACCCGACCACUCAUGCGCUCAUAUCCGCGCGCGCCAGUCCGCAGACGGAAACGGCGGAGGCGGUGGUUAGCGGGGGUGGCGGGGCGUACUUGAUCAGCGGUAAUUCUGGAAGUACUACUGUCACCGUGGAAGAGGCAGCAGCCGCGGCUGCAAACAUGACGCAUGCCGCUAGAGUCUCCCAGGCCACCGUGCAAUGGUUAUUGGAAAAUUACGAAACCGCUGAUGGUGUGUCCCUUCCGAGAUCGACUCUUUACAAUCAUUACCUACGUCAUUGUUCCGAAAGCAAAUUAGAGCCCGUAAAUGCAGCCAGUUUUGGAAAAUUGAUACGAUCUGUGUUCUUAGGAUUGAGAACUAGGCGCUUAGGGACUAGGGGAAAUUCGAAAUAUCAUUAUUAUGGAAUUCGCGUGAAACCAAGUUCGCCUCUAGUUAUGUUGAAUGAGGAUGGCAUGUCAAGACAACAGCAGAGCGCAAACUCUCAAACCAAGCGAUUUAAAUUCGUCAAUCAAAAGCAGGAGUCGUCCUAUGAGAAUAACACGCACGUCAAUACAAAUAUCUCCUCCAACUCUUCGCCGCCGCAAUAUCAUCAGUAUCUCGGCGGAGCGAGCGGCGCCAUUCCCGAUUUCCCAGAGAUCUUUAUCACUCACGAUUCGUCUUUGCCUGAAGAUUGCACGCUCGAAGACAUCGAUACGUUCCGCAGCAUAUACAGGGAACAUUGCGAAGCGUUUUUAGACGCAGUACUAAAUUUCGAAUUUGCCACGGUGGAAAGUCUCUGGAGGGAAUUUUGGCGCAGCCAGGACAAUAAUAAUGGUGAUGAGUGCGAAGAGGAGAAGUAUUUAUCAAAAACUAAACUAUAUCAGAUGUGUAAGUGUACAGAGGUACAAGACUUUAUUAAAAAAGUGGACUAUACAUUCUAUCAGAAUCUAGUCGAAGUAUUAAUGCCUAAUGUAUUGCGACCAAUACCAAGUUCAUUGACACAGUCUAUCCGGAAUUUUGCGAAAGGACUAGAAUCUUGGUUACAAUCAGCAAUGGCCGACUGUCCCCAGGAAAUGACGCAAAUUAAGUUAACUGCGGUGUCAGCUUUUGCUCAAACUUUAAGGCGCUAUACAUCAUUAAAUCAUCUCGCACAGGCCGCGCGGGCGGUACUUCAAAAUUCUAGUCAAAUCAAUCAAAUGUUAGCUGAUUUGAACCGCGUUGACUUUCAUAAUGUACAAGAACAAGCGUCCUGGGUAUGCCAAUGUGAUUACGGAAUGGUACAACGUCUCGAGGCAGACUUUAAAGUAACAUUACAGCAACAAAAUUCACUGGAGGAUUGGGCAAUCUGGCUGAAAGGUGUUGUUACUCAAGUGCUUAAACCAUUUGAAGAGAAACCAACGUUCGCUAAAGCUGCACGUCAAUUUUUGCUCAAAUGGUCGUUUUAUAGCUCGAUGGUUAUCCGAGAUCUCACUUUGAGAAGCGCGGCGAGUUUCGGAUCUUUUCAUCUCAUCAGAUUACUUUACGACGAAUACAUGUUUUAUUUAAUAGAGCAUCAAGUCGCUAUCGCAACCGGGACUACGCCAAUAGCUGUAAUGGGAGAUAAAACUCAAAAUUGCUCUUUACUUAGUAACUUUGGAGCAACAUCUAAUGGAGAUGCAUCUAAUGCGAGCCAACCGAAACGUACGAAGCUAAGCUAACUGCGUGCCUACGCUCUUUAGUUUUGUGAGUAAAUCGGUAGCACACAAAAAUGCGGGGAUAGCACGAAAGCAUGCAGGCCUACAUACAAGAGCACACUAGUCUCGUAAAUUAUUAUUUUAUAUAACGUCAGAUUAUAAUUACGACUUAUAAGAAGAGGAUUUUUGCAUAAUGCCCACGAUGUAUACAACUUAAGUAAGUCUGUGUGAUAUAAGAUAUAAAAAGGGGGGAGGGAUAUUGUAUUGUAUUCCGCGAAGCCUUGUCUCAUUAACAGGUACGGCGCAGGUUUAAGGUAUCGCUGGCACGAUGUUUAGUAUGUUAGUAUAUAUCAAAUCUAGUCAAAACAUCUUUGGGGGAAAAAAAAUGAAUAUACGGGACCAUGAAUUUGUCAUGCCCUUACUAGACAUAUGGAAAGCCCACUCAAUCAUGAUUUCCAUUGAUUACUUAAUGAUGCAUUUAUUAAAUGAAAGUUAAUUUACUUUUAUAUAAUAUUUUUUGUGAUUUAUAAUGUACAAUCAAUAUUUUUUAAGACAGAUUUUUACAUUCAAUUAAAGUUUUAAAUUUUACUUCUACCUAAAUUAAUUCGUAUGCAACAGCAAUGUCAAAGGAGUGCGUUAAAACAUACAUAUCCAUUUGUUGUAACAAUGUCUUUCUUAAAUUAGUUGACGAAAUGUUUGAAGAAAACUGUAUUGAGUGGGCUUGAAAUGAAUAUCAGUUUGUGCAAACAAAGACGCGAAAAAUCAGAGUAUCUUACGAGAUAAAACAUCUACCUUACACUCGCGAAUUUUGUUUUGCACAAAUUACCCGCAACCAAUUACAAAAAUCCGCCCUGCCGACGGUAACAUGUCAAAAGUAUUCCUACCGGAAUAGAAAACAAUUUAGAUUGCUGUAACAAUAUAUAAACUUUUAAAGCUUACACAUAUAUCCGACAUUCAUAUUUUUUAACGUAAUUUAUUGAUUGAACAUCGAGUUCUCUGUGUGGAAGUCUGUCUGAAAGCAGUUUCCACUGCAGUCCGUUGCUAUUCUCUCAGUAUAAUUAAAUGAAUAGUACAAAAUUGCUAAGGAAAGGAGAGAGAAAGAUGCAAAUAUACCGAGAUCAUUUUAAUUUACUGGUGGAAUAUGCAGUCGUACACACAUGCGUCUUAUACAUUGAAUAUACAUGUUUUAACAUAACAGAUGGAAUGCAUGUUGUUGAAGUUAAAGGAGAAACCGCGUAUCUUCGUAUAUCAAAGUAUAUAAUACAAGAGUGUCUUCAAUUACGCUCGAUAUUCCAAAAUUGGUUGACGAUAUCUAUAAUAAAAAUAUGUGUCGGUAUAUGUUUUAUAUCCAUAGGCAUUCUAAUAGUCUUUUGUAUUAUAAAAAAUAGAUGUAAGUCCAAUAUCGCAAAAGUUUUGUAUGUUGAGUUUCAUUUGUUUUUGUAAAUUAUUUAAGGCGAUUUAAUAUAUAUAUAUGUUUGCGCGGUUGCGAAUGUUGCGCAACAGCGUGGUUGCGUUACACGUUUUUAUUUGUUCGAACAUGAAGUUAAUCUUACGUCAUUUUAUUUAUAACGAAUUGUCAUAUAUCCGUACGUUUGUAGAGUUGCUUCUUGAACAUCGAAGACAUAAGGAAGAGAUAAAUCAAAUCGGCAUUGACCUAAUUAUUUAUAAUGUAGCACCAAAGCAGUAAUAAUCUAACGCGUCCAUUUUUCCAUGAUAUAAUUAUCUUACUUAACUAGAACUAUUGAUUUAAUGUAUAUCUUUAGGUGGACUGUACAUUUACGUAAUUUGCGAGUAAGCCUGCAUUACGGGCGAAAAAUCCAAUUGAUAUAUGUAUAUGAAUGUAAAAAUAUUUUUAAUAUUCCGUACGAUAUAGAUGCGUGUAAUCGCGCAGGUUCUCAACGAAACCAAAGUGCACCAUUGCAUAGAUUAAUUCACAACUGUUUGACUUGUUUUUUGUGACUUUAGCAUAAUGAGCAUUGGCAAAUGCUUUAUUUUUCAAACUCUUAUUAAUUCGUUAAUAUGCGUAUAAAUUACGGGAAACUGAACGAAAGGAAUGACGAGAUUGCUUAUGAGAAUUGUAUUCUUUACAUAGCUUGCAACAUUAUAUACUGAAUUAGUAUCACACUUCUCUAUUACAAAGUAUCAGAUGUAUAUAAUUUUUGCACUGAAGAAAAGUCGCAGUUUAAUGCCGACGAUAAUGAUAAUAAUGCUCGAGAUCCUGACUCAGCAACAGUAAUUUACUGAAUCCGAAUAAAUAUCUUUUUGCAUAAUGACAUAGUAGGCAAUGGAUUCCUACUAGAUCAGGAACUAACUCGCAUUUUAUUGAAUUCCUGAAGAUACGCAACUUCCUAGAAACAAACUGAACGUUUGGCAAAGAGGAAACUUGGUGCCUUUUAUUUUAUAAAGAAGAAAAGAACAUAGGCAUUUUUUUACACGGCAUCCUAGUUGUAAGAUGAGCGCAAGAAAAUUAUCGAAAUAGUAUAAAAUAGUGUAAAAUCUACGCUUAAUUUAUGUUAUUUUGUUUGUGUCUUGUCCUUAUAAAAAAAAGGUCUAUUGUAUCUCACAAGAUUUUUAGUAUCAAUACACAAAAAAGUCAGGCAGUUCUAUAAAAAUACUAAUUUUUAAGCAUAAAUAUGAUUUGAAAUUUGUUUCACUGCUCAACUGUCGACAUUUAUUUAUUUGCAUACGUUGCACACGUGCUUUAUCAUUAACAUGCAUACGUUUCGUUAAACAUUACAAUAGUUUUUGUGAACUUAUUUACAUGAGGCUUAAAAUAAAUGAACACCUCACCGGUGAACAACGUACGGACAGCAAAAGACAAGUUUUACAAAAUCUCUUUUGGUCGUAUUUUAUUUUCACUUUUGCGCUCGUCUCACAGAUAAGUGAUUUAUGUUUAAGGAUUAAAUGCAUAUUUUUACGAAAAUAUUGAAAUGUGAGAACGUAUCUCGCGAUUUAAUUCCGUUUCGUUACUAUCGAUUCAAAUUUUGCGUCCAUAUCCUGCGAAUAUUAUCUCUUCCACGUGAAUUAAUAUUUACUUCUACCGACGAUCUUGAUAAAAACGGUACUAUAAGAAAACUGAUCUCACCAUUUGCAUAGUGAUGAAAAUUGAAAAAUAACGCUACCACUACAAAAAAUGUCUAGCAUAUAUACAUUUAAUUUAUUGAAUAGGAUUAUUAUGUACUAGUCAGAAAAGAUUUGGUAGUGUCUAAGUGGUGAGAAACAGGGAUUGAAGGAGAACGGGGAGAAUACACAUCGCACAGUACAUCGAGCAGAAUUUAGGACGUUUCUGUAACUGUAAUGAGCUUAUAUGUGUAAAGAUAUAAAAAAAAAUCUAUCGUCGAUAUGUGUACGUAGAAUGUAAGGAUAUGGCUUUAUAUGGAACGACUCGUGGCGUUCUUUCGCCGCCGAUAGAAAUCCGAGAUCGGCAAGCAAAACGACACGGGUACCGGAAAGAAAUGCACAUGGGUGGGAAAGAAAAUCCACACGUUUCUCUGAGAUGCCCGGUGCAUUCUACCGUAUCCGUCGCGUUGUGCUUGUACUACUUUAAGAUUAGAGGAAUCGCUCUAAUUGUAAGUUUUACAAUCGCCGCGAUGAUCGGUGGGUAAAAGUAGUCCGAUAGUUACUGUACGCAAGAUCAAACACACACAUCGUGGUUUCCUAUGUUGCGAGAUAAGUAAACACGGCCUUAAAUAUUUCCGACUUACCGUACGACGGAGAGGGAAAAAUAAAACUAUAGGGAGAAAGAGGGAGUGGGAGAACGAUAAGGGGUGGACGGGGGACAGAUUUGAGAAGAAAAAAAAAAAGAAUCACUGCGUUCCGAAAGAAAAAGCAGGAAAAGAAAAAGUAGAAGUGUCAUCGUUUUUCCUUGUGACGUAUAGAAAAUAUUUUGAUACCUCCAGAUUUGCAUAAAUCAAGUGUCAUUCGUUACCGCUUGGAUAAGAUUAUUUUUACUGAACGCCGCUCAAAAUGAGAAAAAAAAAGAGAGAGAAAGAGAAAGAAACAACAGCAAGAAAAAAAACAAUAUAUGAAUCGCGCGAGACGUAAGAAUCUCUAAGAGUCUGUGUGAAUGUGCGGAUCACGAGAAAUAAAUAAUAAAUAUAUGUUUAAAACUUGUAA